AUGACAGUUUUAUUUUUUUCUUCCUCCUUUUGGCAUAGAAAAAUGCGACGUAUACGUGUUUGUUUGAGACAUGUUGUUAAAUCACAAAUUUUUUAUUGGAGUGUAAUUACUCUUGUUUUUCUAAAUACUGUUUGUGUUGCUUCUGAACACUAUGGCCAACCUGAAUGGUUUACUGAAUUUUUAAGUAUUUUCGAAUUAAAAUUUUUUAAAUAUUUUUUUAAUUUUCUAGAAUAUGCAGAAUUUACUUUUCUUGCAAUUUUCAUUAGUGAAAUGCUUAUUAAAAUAUUUGCAAUGGGUUAUAGAACAUAUUUUACAUCCAAAUUUAAUCGUUUUGAUUGUAUUGUUAUUGUUGGGUCUGCUAUUGAAGUAGUAUGGGCAGAAGUGAAAGGAGGAUCUUUUGGUAUUUCUGUUCUUCGAGCACUCAGACUUCUUAGAAUAUUUAAAUUAACUUCCUAUUGGUUAAGCCUUCGAAAUUUGGUUCGAUCAUUGUUACAUUCAAUGCGUUCAAUUAUUUCACUUCUUUUCCUUCUCUUUCUUUUUAUUGUUAUUUUUGCAUUGUUGGGAAUGCAAUUAUUUGGUGGAAAAUUCAAUUUUCAAGUAUCUAACUUAAAUUUAAUUGUGUUUAAUUCAUUAAAAAACUUUCAGAAUUAUCAUCCUUAUACUCAUUUUGAUACAUUUCCUAUUGCAUUAAUUACUGUCUUUCAAAUAUUAACUGGCGAAGAUUGGAAUGAAGUUAUGUAUUUAGCAAUAGAAUCUCAAGGAGGUAUUUAUGGAGGUGGAAUGGUUUAUUGUAUUUAUUUUAUUGUUCUUGUACUUUUUGGAAAUUACACAUUAUUAAAUGUUUUCUUGGCUAUUGCCGUAGAUAACUUGGCUAAUGCACAAGAAUUAACAGCUGCUGAUGAAGUAGGAAAUAUACCUAUAUCUCCUUUAUCGUUUGCUAACUUUCAUCGAGCAGAUGAAAAGGCUAAUGAAAUGUAUGACGAGGAAGACGAAUCUUUAGGUUUCGAUGAAAGAGAUUUAGAAAUAGGUGCUGGUAUUGAUGUUGAAUUAACUAGAGAAUUGGAUGAUGAGGAAUUUGAUGAAGAAGACAGCCCAUUUGGCGGUCCAAAACCAAUAGUUCCUUAUUCUUCAAUGUUUAUUCUUUCACCAACCAAUCCGUUCCGGUGUCUUGUACACAGCGUUGUAGCUACAAAAUAUUUUGAAAUGGUUGUGAUGGUUGUAAUUUGUGCUUCAAGUAUUUCUCUUGCAGCGGAAGACCCUGUUGACGAUGAAAAUCCUCGCAAUAAAAUUUUACAAUAUUUCGAUUAUUGUUUUACUGGGGUUUUUGCAUGUGAAAUGUUAUUAAAGUUGAUCGAUCAAGGUGUUAUUUUACAUCCAGGUUCCUAUUGCCGUGAUUUUUGGAAUGUUUUGGACGGCGUUGUUGUUGUUUGUGCUCUUAUAGGAUUUGCAUUUUCUGGAACAUCUGGCGCCACUGGGAAAAACUUGAGCACAAUAAAAUCAUUGAGGGUACUUAGAGUGUUGCGCCCACUAAAAACAAUUAAAAGAAUCCCAAAACUUAAAGCUGUAUUCGAUUGUGUUGUUAAUUCGUUAAAGAAUGUCUUCAAUAUUCUUAUUGUUUAUUUUCUUUUUCAAUUUAUUUUUGCUGUCAUAGCCGUCCAGUUGUUCAAAGGCCGUUUCUUUUACUGUACAGACAGAACCAAACGAUUUGCUUCUGAAUGUCAUGGCCAAUAUUUUGUUUAUGAUUCUGGAAAUUAUUUUCCACGUGUCGAAACAAGAGAAUGGCGUCUCAGACCUUUUAAUUAUGACAAUACCCUUAACGCUAUGCUGACACUUUUUGUUGUUACGACUAGCGAAGGUUGGCCGGGCAUUCGACAAAAUUCUAUGGACACCACAUUCGAAGAUCAGGGUCCCCAACCUUAUUAUCGGGUUGAAGUAAUUAUAUUAUUUAAAUUUGUAAUUUUUAAUAUCACAAUUUUACAAAAGGUUGCACUCUUCUAUGUAAUGUUUUUCAUUGUCUUUCCCUUUUUCUUUGUUAAUAUUUUUGUUGCCUUGAUUAUUAUAACCUUUCAAGAGCAAGGAGAGGCUGAACUUUCUGAAGGGGAUUUGGAUAAAAAUCAGGCAAUUUUUUGA